UAUUUUCCACAGAUCAGUCAGCUUCAGACAGCUGUUGUUGAUGCUCAGAAGGACCAACUGCGAAGGGAAAACCAAAACCUGAGGCAGGAAGUUGACAGCCUAAAGAGACGCCUUGUUGAUCUUGAGAAGAGCCAAGGAAUCAAGCAAUAUUAUGACUUCACAAGUAAAACCGCUCCCAGUUCUGAUGCCAUUGCAGAAGUACAACCUGCAGCCAACACAUCUGCCCCACCUCCUGCAGCAGCAGAUAAACCUCAGCAAGAAAAGCCACAGAAGGAAAAGAAGGAGAAGAAAAAGGCAGAUGGUGAAAAGAAAGGAGGUGGAGGAGGAAAGAAGCCAGAGGAAGAGGCAGCCGUUGAUGUUUCUCGCCUUGAUUUUCGAGUUGGGAGGAUUGUCACAGCCAAGAAACAUCCUGAUGCUGAUUCUCUCUAUGUGGAAGAGGUUGAUAUUGCAGAAGGGAAGUUCCGUACAGUUGUCUCAGGGCUUGUGCGGUUUAUACCAGAAGCAGAAAUGCAGAAUCGCAUGGUAGUAUUAUUGUGUAAUCUAAAACCAGCCAAAAUGCGGGGUGUUUUAUCCGAGGCAAUGGUCAUGUGUGCCUCUACCCCUGAGAAGGUUGAGAUACUUGCACCACCAGAAGGAAGUCAGCCUGGUGACCUUGUAGAAUUUGAGGGUUACACCCGCAAUCCUGAUGCCGUCCUCAAUCCCAAAAAGAAGAUAUUUGAAACUUGUGCACCUGACCUCAAGACUGAUCAAAACAAAGUUGCAGUGUUUAAGGGAGUUCCAUUUACAGUGCCUGGUAAAGGUGUUGUUGUUGCACAGACUCUAGCUAAUGUCCAGGUUAAGUAAUGAUAACCAUAUUGCCUAUUAAAAUUUACAGUGCA